AGCAAACUGCGGGUAAACUACAGAAAGGAAACCGGAAGUUUAUGUCGACGAACUUUUCCCUGUUUGGCGGCAGAAAACUGAAAACAUUUCGGCAGAAACUGUCCUGUAACAUCACCAGAGGGGCUCUGACGAUCACAGACACGUCGUUUGUGGUCUAAUCUUGUACUGAGUUCCGUCAGCGCGCGAGGAUGGAGGCGAACGAGGCCACAGAAGAAGAGGUUCAGGUCCAACGGACAGAUGAUCAUGUGGGAAACGAAUCUAAAACAGAGCGGGACCUCAUUUUGGAGCUGGACCGGGAGUUAUCCAGACUGACACUUGGAGGCCUGAAGCAGAAGGAACAGGCCGUGCAGGCGGAGCUCCCGGCGUCGGAGUUUGGCGUCGGCACGGAUCCAGACUGGGAAAGCCGGGUGGAGGCCGUGUUUGAGCGCAGCGCCCAGCUGGCGGAUGAGUACGAGCAGCUGAUGAAGAAGCAGGCCGAGGAAGAGGAGGCAGAGGAAAGACACAGACAGCAUCUGCAGAAAAAGAUGGAGGGGGCCGCCCAGCAGCACCAGGCUCUUCUGGAAAAACUGGAAUCUCUGAGGGUGAAGCUGCAGCUCAACAACCCCAAGGCCACCAGGAAGAGCUUCUUAACCAAGAAACAGGAAAUGAUGUCAGAGAAGGCCAAAGCUCAGGAGGAGAGGGACAGGUCAGCAAAGGAGCAGCAGGAGAGCGACAGAAAGCUGGCGGCGCUCGCAGACGAGCAGAGGGAGGAGCAGAGGAGGUGGCAGGAGGAGCUGGAGGAGCUGAGGAAGGAGAUGGAGCGCGUGAGGAAGGAGGCGGAGGAGGCCCAGCUGCAGGCCCUGAAGGACGAGGUGUCGGUGGUGGAGAAGCAGAGAGACGUGGCGCUGACCCGCAUCGAGGAGUGGCUGAAGGAGGUUAAGCAGUACCUGAGUGUCCUGCGGGCCGAGUUCCCCGAGAAGUUCCCCCAGGAGCUGGUCCGGUGGGAGAAGAAGGAGGUUCUGGUCCAGAAGAACAAGGCGGACCUGCAGAGCCGCUUCCAGGAGCUUCUGCAGCAGCUGCAGCAGGGGCGGGAGCUGGAGUCCCUCCCCCAAAUCAACAUGCCCAACCUGCCUCAGGUUCCCAUGGCUGAACUCCGCUUCCACCAGAUCGUCCAGAAGCUGCUGCGGCCUCAGCUGGCCCCCCCUCCUAAGCCUGCCAGUUCCCCGCUGCCUCCUCAGGCCCCCCCUCACUACUACCAGCCGCGGCCCCGUCAUCCACAGCCCCCCCAGUACCAAGCCCCGCCCUCCCCUCGCUUCUUCCAGCCCCCCGGUUAUCCCCCGUUUGGCGAGCCUGGCGCUCCCUUUAUGGUGCCCCGCCCUCCCAUCUUGUACCCACCCCCACAGGUUCAGACCCUGCACUCGCUGGCGCCCUCCCCUCCGCCCCCCGCUGCCGCCGCCCCCACAGCUUCCGGUCCGGCGGGUAAGCUGGACAAGCUGCUGGAGAAGCUGGGGGGGCGGUUCCCGCAGUGCAGCCGGGCGCAGCUGACGUCUCUGCUGCAGCAGGUGAAGAGCGCCCGCGGGACGCUGGCGGGGAUGUCCCACGACGAGCUCAUGGAGCAGGUGGGCCAGCGGCUGGCCCGCGGCGAGAGGACGGCCCCGGGGCCCAUCCAGAGGCCGACCCCCUCCCUGCAGAGGGCCCCCCGGAAGCUCUGCCUCAUGUGCCAGAACCACGUGGAGCCGGAGAGCAGACACCCCCUGAGCUGCUCCCACACCAUCCACAGAGACUGCAUCCAGAUGUGGCUGAGGUCCAGCAAGAACAACUCCUGCCCCUUCUGCCCCGCCAAGUGACCCCGCCCCCUCCAGAUUCGAGGGGGGUUGAGGCUGAGACUCCCCGCUCUGCCUUUGAAGGAGAAGGUUUUUAGAGAAAAAAACCACAACCCUUUUUUUAUUUUUGGGCUACAGGAACAAGAAAAGCAGACUAAAACUGUGAUGUGUCAGUCUGGAACAAAACGGCUCUAAUCUCAUCUGAAUAUAUUUUAGCACCUGACUAGAAAAUGCAGUUGGCUUCUUUUUCUUCUUCUGUACCCCCCCCCCCCCCCCCUCCUCUUAGGUAAAUCCAAACAUUAGUAUGAACUGAACGUGAUGGUGGAUAAUCUGCUGCGAUGACUCUCUCAAGCAAUCGACGAAAGCCGGCUUCUUCCUUGGAACCUUUUUUUUUUUGUUUAAACUGACCUUCACCUUUUCCUUCUUUUUCUCUUCACGCUGCUCAUAAUUGGUCAAUACGUGUUUAUGCUGAGCGGGGGGGGGGGGGGGUGGCUAAAGCUGGUUAUACGCACCGCGUGAAUGGAAUAGAGCGCCAGGUGCAACAAAAGACGAGAAGGAAAAAGGGGCAACAUUCGGAACCACUUCGCUUUAACUGAUGAGACUUUAAGAGUCUGCAGGAAAACGAUUCCAUCCAGAACCGGCUCCAGAACCAACCUGGACCUGAGAACGGAGAGAAUCUCCUAAACAGAGAAACCAGACCAGCUUCUCAGAGUUGAGACACUUUCUGACCGAAACCUUUAGGGUGAUGAACAAUCACACACAGUGGGCGGGCAUCAAUGUGUUUAACUCCGCCCACUCUGAGGCACGCCUCGGUCUGCAGUCAGGUAGUUUUACAAAAUAAAACUUCAGUUAGUAUCAGGG